AUGGGCGCUGUUUGCUGUUGUUUGAGUUGUGAUGAUGUUGAAGAUUAUGUAAACCCGAACAAUCCCGUGUAUAGGAACUGUGUGUGUCUCAGUUGCUUGGUGCAGAAUCUUUUGAAUGCGUACACAUCAAUAUUCCGAAGAGGUGAAGCACAUUCAAUUUCUUCAUCUCUUCAGGGAACGGCAUCCAUGACUUCUGCAGCCUCACUUGAUAAUUCUCUAUCUGACAUGUACCGUUCUCCUCCAAGGCCCUUACCAUAUGACGCAGAGCCUCGGUUUUUUCGCUCACAACGUGAUGGACUAGUUUCAAGGCGUGAGAAAAGUUCAAGCCAUUCAAAUGAGGAAACUGAACCUCUAAGAAGCGAUGUAGAUGUGGAUCCAGAGCCUUUAAACUCAGCAGACAAAUGGAAUGAAUGUGCCCGCGAAGAUGAGUCGAAGAUAUACCGUUCUAAGUCCGCAUUAAGACUUUCAUCAGCAAAAUAUACACCUGGAGUUGGGCUCGUUUACACCUCAUCGGAAGAAGAGGAUAUCUGUCCAACUUGUCUUGAAGAAUACACCAAAGAGAAUCCAAAGAUAAUGACAAAAUGCUCUCAUCAUUUUCACCUUGGUUGCAUCUACGAGUGGAUGGAGAGAAGUGACAACUGUCCAGUUUGUGGAAAGGAAAUGGAAUUUGAUGAGACAACAUACUCUUGA